AUGGGCGUCGGUUUUUCCUGGUGUUUUCGAGGCGAAACGCUCGAGAAACGCUCGAGCGACGACGCGGGCGUCGACGUCGUCGCACACCGCGUCGCCGCGCGCGCGCCGACGGUGGAGAUGGUGAAUCACAGAUUCGGCAUUCGCGACAUGACCGCCACGGGGCGGUACCCGCCGCAGCCAAAGUUUCAACCGUUUGCGUUUUACUCGAGCGUGCGCCUGGGGGACCCGGAGCAGUUGAAACUCAUCAUGGACACGGAUCCGUAUUACUGGACCCAGGACAACGGCGCGGGGGCACCGAUUCACUUCGCGGUGACUUAUAAACAACUCGAUAUGGUGCACCACAUCUUGCGACACGUCCCCGAGUGCAUCAAUCAGAGAGAUUCCAAGGGAUUCACGCCGCUGCAUCGCGCGGCGUACUUGGCGCAAUUCGACGGGUACUUGGAAAUCUUCGAGUACCUCUUAUCCGAGGGCGCCGAUCCAACGAUCAAGUGUGAGGAUUACGACCCGUAUUUGAAUCCAGGACGGAAGACCCCGCUCGAGCUCGUGAAGAAGGACAAGGAGGUGCACGACCAAUUGGUUGAGCUCGUGGAGAAGUACGCGAAUGUCGAAAAGCGACCCGAACCGCACCCGUGUCUGGCCGAUUGGUGGGCUCUGUACGAUUACGGCCUGGAUGAAGUUCGCACGUGGGCGAAGGAUUUCGUGAAAGUUUUCCCCGAAGAUACUCGACGAGAGCGCGCGCGCGCGGAGAAGGCGGCGUUCAAGGAGAAACGUCGGGUGAAGCGCGCGGAGAUCGAGGCGGAGAUUGAAGCCGAAAUCGCCGAGCGACGGGACAAGCCCAAACCGGAACUCAAAAUCGGCGACGAUUUCAAGCACGACGGGCGAAUGCUCGAUGCGAAAUCUAUCGUUGAGGACGAGAAGAAGCUUCGAAAGCACUACGCGUUCUUAUUUCCGGGUCAAGGUUCGCAGGCGGUGGGUAUGUUGCGCGAUGACUCCCUGCUCGAGUUACCCGCGGUGAGCGCGAUGUGCGAGACGGCGAACAAGGUUCUGGGAUACGAUUUACGCGACGUGUGCGUGAACGGACCGAAAGAAAAACUUGACGACACCGUGCACGCGCAACCGGCGCUUUUGCUCGCGAAUCUCGUCGCGUUAGAAAAGUUGAGAGACGUCGAUCCGGACGUCGUCGCCGCGUGCGACGCGUGCGCCGGUUUGUCUCUCGGCGAGUACGCCGCUUUGGUUUUCGCCGGCGUCCUAAGCAUCGAAGAUGCGUUCAAGGUUGUGAAGACACGCGCUGAGGCCAUGAGCGAGGCCGCCAAGGUGGGCUCACACGGCAUGCUCAGCGUCGUCGGCUUGGACGAUUCCAAGCUUGAGGAAAUCGUCAACGCCGCCAAGUCCUCGGAUCAAUCCGCCGUGUGUGAGAUCACCAACUUUUUGUUCCCGCAAGGGCGCGUUGUUUCGGGUGACAAGACUAUUUUGGACGUCGUGCAGCAGCAAGCGCAAGCUGCCGGGGCGAUCAAGGCGGCGUCGCUGGCGGUUUCGGGCGCGUUUCACACGUCUCGCAUGAACGCGGCGAGCGACAAGCUUCGCGAAGCUCUGUCGCAAGCGACUUUCAAUAAGCCUCGCGUGGCGAUCUACUCAAACGUCACCGCGAUGCCGAUCGAUGCCGACAGCGAUCCGGACGCCAUUCGCGAUUUGCUCGCCAAACAACUCGUCUCGCCCGUGAAGUGGGAGCAGACGAUGAAGAAUCUCGUCGGCGACAAAAAGACGAAGAUGUUCGAGCUCGGUCCGAACUCCCAGAUCAAGAGCAUGUGCAAGCGCGUGAGCCUCGAUUGCUGGAAAGAGUUUAAGAGCAUCGACGUGAACGCUGAGCCGAAGAAGUAA